AAAAAGCUGCCAACUGAAUGUUCACCGGACUGUUAGGGGCAUGCAGUAGUUGCCUGUUGCAGAUCUUACCAUGACUACGCUUUAUUGUGCGCUUCUUCUGUUGAGUGUCGGGGUAGCCUGCCUGGCACAGCAGAGGACCCCACGAACCAAGAGAGGUCUGCUAGAAUUGGCAGGGGUCAUCAAGUGUAGCACAGGGAGAUCUGCCCUGUCUUACAUGAUGUACGGUUGCUACUGUGGACUGGGUGGUCAGGGCUGGCCCAGAGAUAGGGCAGACUGGUGUUGCCACAAACAUGAUUGCUGCUAUGGAGAUGCAGAACUUGCUGGCUGCCAGACCAAAACAGACAAGUAUCAUUGGACGUGUGAUGACAAGAAAGCAGAGUGUGAUGAUCUGAAAGACAAAUGUGAGAAGAUUCUCUGCAGGUGUGACAGAGAGGCAGCCAAAUGUUUGCGAAAGGCACCUUUCAUUCAGAAAUAUGCCUUGUGGCCGGAUUUCCUCUGUGGAUGUGAUCAACCAACAUGCAAUAUUUACUGACUCAAUAAAUGUAGAUGGACAUGUGUAGCUUUUUGUUAUUUAUAUUAGAUGUGAACACGAAUGAUAAGCUUGUUCUGUAUAGCUUUUGCUGUAUAGAAUCUAAAAAUGAACACAGAAUUUGCUAUUGAAAGAGUGUUUGAUACCGAGGUAGAAACGUAUUUUACCAGAUUUCACCUUCACAGACUAUUGGCUGCUCUCUAUUGAAAGGGAGAGGGUGGAAUGUUUCUCUGAGAAGGUAAUAUCCGGUGGCUCCAGUUUUCACAAUAGUUUCCUUAUCUACCCAGUUGUAGUGCCUUACCUGUUAUUCCCAAAGGGUCUACUCACAUUCCCUAAACUGUGACCCAUGUUGAAUGAUACUUCUCACUCCAACCUGUUUAUAUGCAUGUACUUUUCUUCGUGUUGUCUCCAUAGGUUUUUGUAACUUAAUAAUCUAUUACAUUAUGCUGUCGUGUCAGUUAAAUACUUAAAAAAUGUAUUCCAUUAUCGAAUAUUUCAUUGUAUAUUACUUUACUUGUAGGAUACUUUCUGAUGAUACUUUAUUUGGUAAUUAUAUUUCUGCUCUGUGUGUCAGAUUUAUAACCUCAGCCGACUCAUGUUUUGGGAAUUUAUGGUAUGUUUUCCUUCCUUCAUAUUCUGAAUGAACACAUUUUUGCUCCAAGUACCUUGCAUUUGCCUGCAAUACAAAACGUUUUACCAAACCUUAUCUGAAAAAAAGUGUCCAGCAUAAGUUUGAUGUUGUAUCAUUGGCUAAUCUACAUGAAUCUUGGAGCUAUUUCUUGUCUCCCAUGUGUGUAAUGUUCUGUAAAUGUUCAGAACGAGAUAGCCGGCAGAGGAAAUGUUGUUCCUGAGGAGUCUGGCUCCCCCUGUGGGCACAGGAUGACAGGCCUGCCAUCUAGUCCUACAGUUGCCAUGGUUAAAAAAGUUUAGAGCAUGCCAAAACACAUGUCUUUUUCUCACAUUGUUUGUGUGAAAUUCUCUCUCCCUUAUAUUCUUAUUUUAGGGUACUUUUUAUAGACGGGUUUAUAACAUACUUAUAAAGUUACCUUACGUCAUGUCAUAAUUUGGGUAGCAAUGCUGUGAAUUCCAUUUGCAUUUCCACAUUGCAUGUCCAAACGUAAAUAAUAUAAAUGUAUUUAUACGAACUUCCAAUGUACUUUCAGUCGAGGUUCUUCACAACGUCCUCCUCAGAUUAUCCUCUGUGUAUGUAGUAGGUUGUCCACAAAGACAAUGUUUCUAAAGGGUUCCAAUGUCUAGUUGGAUCUGCAUCCCAUGACAUGUAUGCAUUAUUAUCAACAAGACUGGGAUUGGAUGUUUCUAAAAGCAGAAAAAAAUAUUGUGGGUGUUUUUGACUGAAGACUAAAAACAGAGUUUUCUUUCAAGUCUUGUCUGCUCAUCAGAUGUCAUUUUGGUUAUUCAUCAUGACAAAGAAGUCAUAGACUUGAUCCCGAAAAUCUGGGUAAAAAGUGACCCACCUGAUUGUCGCUUUACUGUUUUGCACACUAUCAGAAAGUGUUCCCCACCAGCAGGUGGUGUCAAACGCUUAGUUAUUCACUCAUUCAAUCUUUGAAACUCAUGCAUCAGAAACAAUAAAUA